AUGGCAGUUCCGCCACCCUCUGCACCACCUUGCCCUCCGGGUGAAGAGUUCGAGCUGCAUUUCAUCGGUGAGCUGGAGUUGCCUGGCUGCAAGAGACUCUCAUCGGAUGAUGGGCUUUUCAUCGACUAUGCCGCAGAAGCUGGAAGCGAUUGGUUGCCGAUCGCGAGAAAGGAGGGUUUCGUGGGCCAAACCCAGACAACUUAUGCUGACGCAGAGGGAGUGUAUGUCUUCAACCAUCCGCUCGAUUUCCAUUUCAUAGCGGAUUCGCUGGCUGGUUGGCCAAAGCUGCAUGUGCAAGUCUUCAAACUGGAUGCAGCCGGUCGAGUGGAGACCGUGGCCUACGGCUCGAGCCUGCUGCCGAGCCUGCCGGGGCACGCGGAGCUCACGUGUCGCACCUGGCGGCCGCUGAAGACCUCCGUUAUGGAGGAGGCGAGGGCAGUGAGUGGAGUGCUCGGGAGCGACCCUGGCUCUUUGCCUGCCCCACGUGCGGACAUCCUCAACGACAAGGUCCCAGAAGUGCGUUCCAAGAUGGUGACUAAGACUUCUGGGAGUCUUUGCAUUUCGUUGGACACUAUCUUGCGAAAUGCCAACAAGCAUGGGGUUCUUCUGCAGCGUCGGUGA